CAUGUUCAAUGUAUAUUUUCUUGAUAAAAACACCUUGUCAUUUUCUCGAAAAAAAAAACUUGAUAAACAUGUAAUCAUUAAAUCCCCUUAAAGCCUUUAAUUUCAUCUUUCACCAUAAACCACACACUAUGUCUAAUCAAACCAUGCAUCCACCACCUACAACCGAUCCUUACCAACUCCUCAAAAUCCAACACCAUCCCAAUGAUACACUUACUCGAUAUUUUGAAGAUCCACACACCUCACCUUCAUUAGACACAUCUCUUCCUGUUCUCACCAAAGAUCUUUUCAUCAACCAAUCAAACCAAACAUGGCUUCGGUUAUUCCUACCUAAAAAAGCAACAAAUGUUUCAAACUUAAACAACAAGCUACUACCAAUUAUUGUUUUCUUUCAUGGUAGUGGCUUCAUCGUGCAAAGUGCAGCCUCCACCAACUUCCAUGAUUUAUGUGUUGAUAUGGCGGAUACUGUUGAAGCAGUUGUCGCCUCGGUCGAUUAUCGCCUCGCACCGGAGCACCGGCUACCGGCGGCAUAUGAUGAUGCUAUGGAAGCAUUGAGUUUGAUUAGAUCAAGUCAAGAUGAAUGGUUGACUAAAUAUGUUGACUAUUCUAAGUGUUACCUAAUGGGUAAUAGUGCUGGAGCUACCAUUGCAUACCAUGCAGGGCUACGUGUACUUGAAAAGGUGAAUGAUUUUGAGCCAUUGAAGAUCCAAGGGUUGAUAUUGCGUCAACCAUUUUUUGGUGGGACCAAUAGGACUGAAUCAGAGUUGAGACUUGAAAAUGAUCCAAAUUUUCCUUUGUGCGUUAGUGAUUUGUGUUGGGAUUUGGCAUUACCUAUUGGAGUUGAUCGUAAUCAUGAGUAUUGCAAUCCAACGGUUGGAAAUGAUGUUGAUGAAAAAUUGGAUAAGAUAAAGGAUCAAGGGUGGAGGGUAUUGGUGAGUAUUAACGGUGGGGAUCUAUUGGCUGAUCGUGCUAAAGAGUUAGUGCAAUUGAUGGAUGAGAAGGGUGUGGAAGUUGUCAAAGAUUUUCAGGAAGAAGGUUUUCAUGGGGUUGAGUUUUUUGAGCCAUCCAAAGCAAAGAAAUUUAUUAAGUUAGUGAAGGGCUUCAUUUCCACUUUCGAUGCUUAGAGUCAUAACAAGUAUGAACGUUUCUUUGCCACUUCAAUUAUUGUUGUUUAUUUGAAGGUGUACUAUGGAUCUACAAUAAAGGUCGUGUUUGGAGACACAAAUAAGCAUUGGACUUACCAAAACAACUUAAUUCUUAAUUUUAGAUCCUUGGAGUUGUCGCUUACUAUGAUAAUUUUGGAGAAUUAGGGCCUGUUUGGCAAGGUAAAAAAAUAAAACUUGUAGCUUAUAAGUUUGUAUGAUUAAAAAAUAAUGUUUGGUAAAUGUCAUGUUAUCACGAACUUAUAGUUUAUUUCACCAACUUAUGUCUUUGUUUUUUAGACGUUUCAAAUAGCAUUUAAGCUUAUAAAUUAUAUUUUCUUCUUUCA